CUAGGUAUGCCACUGUUUAUUCUACUUGUAAUAGAUAGUCAUGGACAAUCUCAAAUUGUCGCUUUAUGGCUUGUAAAGGCGGAAUCAUAUUUUUGUGUUAAAAAUAUGUGCAUGAUGCUUGGUACCAGAUGAAAAAAUCGUCUGCGGGAAAAUGGCUGAUGUUAAAUUGUUUUAUAUAUUUUCUUCAAGAUACAUUUAAAAUAUUUGCCUUUAAAAUGCCAUCUCCGAGAAAUAAUGGAAUGCCAUAUCUUUAUUUGAAUGGAAAACAGGCCUAUUUAAUCUUUUAUAUUUUAUAGAUAUCAAUAAAAAUCACUUUAUCAUCAUUGGAGGAGACCUUAACAUGAAAUUAUGUAAUGAAAUCACUAAUUCUCUUAUUGGUUUUGCUACUUUAAAUAAUCAACUUUUUAUAAACAAAGAAACAAUAAAUAUCACACAUACUUCAAACCCUCAAACAAAUAUACUCCUAUAAUCCUUAAAAAAUAUAAUAUCUCUAAUCUUAAUUUACCAACCCCAGCAAAUAAUUUUCUACAUAAUUUGAAUCAAAUCAACAAUAAUGACUCAUGGUUAAACAUUUCAAACUCAAUUAUCAAAACAGCAAAUACCCAUCUUAAUAUUAAUUAUCAAUAUCUAUACAUAAUGUACAUAAAUACAAAUGUGUUAUUUUAAUUAUUUCUGCUAGCAAUAUAAUUAUACAUGAAUGGGUUUAAAUUUAAUCGUCAAUAUGUGUCAUUAAAUCAUCACAACACAAAUUCUCAUUAAAUAUUUUCUUUGUUAUUUUUUAUUUUUCAAUAUUAUUUUUUAGAUGUUACAAGAAAAGAUGACACAAUUAAAUCAGGACAGAAAAAAUUUCCUAGGUCAAGUGAAAAGUUUCAUUCUAGUACCAUAAAAGAUGAUGAUGAAAAUUUUCAAGAACCAGCUAUUAAAAAUCUAAAGCUUAAUGCGGAAGAAAAUCAUAUGAAGGUUAUGAAUAUACUAAAUUCGAUAGUUGGAGAGGAUUAUAAUUGUAUAAACAAAAAAGAUGAUGGAGUUAAGACACCAGAAAAAGCAUCGAAAAUGCUAGAGCCUAAUGACAUUCGACCUUUUGGUGCCCCGCCGGAGAGGACGGGCAUGGCUCAAAAUGCCGUUUAUGGUACAGAGGUGGAGAUAGUUGCAAUGACAACUAUGCUCCAGACAAAUAUUUUAAUACAUACUAUUUAUAAAUGGGCAUACUAUAUGCCCAUUAAAAAAUUAAGUAAUAUUAAAAAAUUUAAUGUAAAUAUUUAUUUAAUAAAUCAUAGCGAACAUAUUGAUCGCAUAAUUAAUUUUAAUUAAUAUUUAUAUCGCA